AUGGCACCUACAACCAUCACCAACGUCCGCAUCUUUGACGGCGACAAAAUCAACGAUCAAAGAUCCUCCAUCAGCUUCGACCCCUGCACCGGCCUCAUCGUCCCCGAAACAGACGCAGCCACACUCAUCGACGGCUCAAGCUGUACUCUCCUCCCCGGGCUCUGGGACACCCACGUCCACCUCUCUAACCCCACCGCACAAUCACUGUCCGACUCCCUCGCCCUAUGCAAGGAUAUGAUCGAACACGGCAUCACCACAGCGAUCGACUGCGGAAACCUACCCAGUGCGCACCAGCAGAUCCUCCAAAACACCUCCACCGCCCCAGACAUCCUCUACGUAAACAAAUUCGCCACAAGCACAGGAAGCACUCACUCAAAGUUCCAAAUGGCAGGUCCCUCCAGCAUCGUCGAUACCGUCGAAGACGCCGUCGCUUUCGUGGACGAAAGAGUGAAACAGGGGGCACAUUACAUCAAGAUCGUAGCAGACUUGCCGGGCCCAAACCAGCAAGUUAUAAACCAGCUCUCGAGAUGCGCACAUGCCCACGGGAAGAUGACUAUCGUGCAUGCUUCGCGAAAUGCCGCGUUCCUGAUGGCGCUGCGCGCUGAACCACCCGUGUCGGUUAUCACGCAUGUUCCGAUGGAUGAACCGCUCACGCACGAGCAGGCUGAAGUGAUGAAGGAGAAAGGGAUAGUCUCUGUUCCUACGCUUGUUAUGAUGGAAACGUUGGCUGCGUCGGGCCGGUUUCCGAAUGUGUCGUUUGUAUCCGCUAUGGAAUCUGCAAAGGCUCUGCACAAUGCCGGUGUGCCUAUUCUGGUGGGGACUGAUUCGAAUCAGAGCACAGUUGCUAGGGUGAAGCAUGGGGAAGCUGUGUGGCGAGAGAUGGAGCUUCUACAGAAGGUAGGGUUGUCGAAUGUGGAGAUAUUGAGAGCGGCCACGGGGCUUCCUGCAGUGCUUUUGGGUUUGAAUGAGCGAGGGGCUGUAAAGGUGGGCAAGCGGGCUGAUUUUGUGCUUGUGAGGGGUGAUCCGACGACGGAUAUUGGGGCAUUGAAGGAAGUUGUUGGAGUGUGGAAAGCGGGGGUCGAAGUUUUCCGUGAGGGGGAUGCUGUUACUGGCAAGGAAUGA